AUGGGCAAAAGGAAGCUCUUGAAGCUCUCGUGCAGAAUCGGCUGGUGUAGCCAUGACGGUGAAUGCCACACGGUUUUUGAGGAUAACGUUGAGCUUCUAAAGAGAAGAUUGGCUGCUGUGGAACGUGAAGCAACUCAAAUGGAGCACUUUAGCGUCAUCCGAAGCGAGAUGGAGAGCAGAAUCCAGAAAGUUGCGAAGGAAAUUCAGCUGAGUUAUGCGACGACGAGUACACUUGAGCUCGUGAUCGUAAUGGACUAUACGGGAUCGAUGGGUCCUUGGAAUGCUGAGGCUAAAACUGCGAUCAUGUCGAUCAUUGACAAUGUGAAGAAAGACCACCCCUUAUCUCGAAAUCUCAUAUCUUCACUCAAGGCAUUUGGAGGAGGCGACGGCCCCGAAGACAUGCCCGGUGAACUUGAAGCAGCAUUAGCGAUGCCUUUUGAAGCUGAGGCGAGACGAAUUGUGCUUGAAGAAUUCGACAAAGCUAAAAGUCAUGAUAGAUAA